AUGGAGGGCGAUAUCCAAAUCAGCGGUGAUGGUCGGGAGUGGCGGGAACCGGAGAACAAUCUGACUGCGAUCUCAGAGUUUUUCCUCUUAGGAUUCCAAAUCAGACAAGAUAUAAGGAUUUCCCUGUUCUCUUUGUUCCUGAUAAUUUACUGUGGGACAAUAUGUGGGAAUCUCCUGAUCAUCACCCUGGUGUCCACCAGCAAGAACCUCCACACCCCAAUGUACUUCUUCAUCUCAAAUCUGUCCAUCAGUGACAUCUUAUUAACAAUUGAUAUUGCCCCCAACAUGUUCCAUGUUCUGCUAAAUAAUGGGGGGACCAUGACUUUUGUUGGUUGUAUCUCCCAACUUUAUCUUUUCUGUGCCUCAGAAACAUUUGAAUGUCUUCUCCUCGCUGUGAUGUCUUAUGACAGAUAUGUGGCCAUCUGUAAUCCUCUCCGUUACUCCUCUAUCAUGACAAGUGGACAUUGUGUUAUACUGACCGCCAUCUGUUGGUUGUCUGGAUUUUCUUUUAAUUUGAUUUCCAAUGUAACAAUAACAACGCUAAACUUCUGUGGAUCACAUAUUAUUGACCAUUUAUUCUGUGACAUGAUCCCCUUACUAGACCUUUCCUGUUCUGACACCUUUAUUGUUCACUUGGAGGUGGAUUUACUAAGCAUUCCAGUUGCCGUCAUCCCAACCACCAUAAUUGUAGUGUCUUAUACUUAUAUUGUCCUAACAAUCCUAAGGAUCCCAUCUAAUACUGGUAGACAGAAAGCCUUCUCCACCUGUAGCUCCCACCUCAUCGUGGUCUCCAUAUUCUAUGGGACGUUGUUCAGUGUUUAUAUUGUCCCAACAAAAGGCCGAACACAGACCAUGAGUAAAAUCCUCUCCCUGCUAUAUACUGUGUUUACUCCUUUGGUCAACCCCAUUAUAUACAGUCUGAGGAAUAAAGACAUUAAGGAAGCUGUACAAAAACAUUUUCUAAAAUGGUGA